AUUAGGCUUUCAUCUUUCCUUUUUCCUUCAAAGAGUCUUUGCCUUUUAUGUCCAUGACGCUAGCGGCCCUGAGAGGUGGGCCAGCAAAUGCUUUUCAAAUCCUCUUUUGCAGGUGGGGCCCCGAGGCCCAGAGAGGUUAGGCAAUUUGCCUCAGGCCACAGAGCGUGUCAGCGGGCUUGGACCCGCUUCUCUGGGAAGAACCAAGUGCCGGCUUCUCCCCGGAGGACCCUGUCUGUAGGGAAGGGGCCCGGCUGCUGGGGUGCGGGGCGCUCGGUGGGUACAGGCGAUGCCAGGAGCCCCGUUGGGGGAGGCAGGUCCUGGGGCUGAACCACAAUCUCGGGGCUGCCAGCCCGGGGCUGGCUCUGUGCCCGGGGCCCAGGGUUUCCGCUCACAGAUGUCCCAACAGCCCCGCGAGGGCGGGAAGGGCACCCAAAAAGGAAGAUGUCUUGCUCCCCUCAGCCCCAAACCACAGUGGCCUGUGAGACCGCGGCUCCUGGGCCGAGACCGGCCCGCAGGCCAGCAAGGGGCCCGGCCGGCCGACCUGCCCCUCCGUCCCCCGCCCGGCGCCUGGCCGGUGGCACGGACCCCCGGCUGCCCGUCACCCCAGGAAGGCUGAGGCUGCACUUUGCAUCAUCCUUGGGCGUGGAGCUGACCUCGAAGAACGAAUUCGAAGAAAACAGGAGGAGGAGCAGGCAUCCCGCGGUGCCCAGCGCCCAUUGGCCGCCCGUGGAAACUUUGGUUUUUGGGGUCAUGUUCCCAGAAGGCCUGCCCUCCCCCCUGCCCCUCCCCACCCACCUCACGAGGUGUUGGCCAAUCGCUCUGGCAGGCAAUAAAGUGGCUGUCAGCCCGCAGGGCUCCCAGCCCGGAGGUGUCAUCCCCAACAGGCACAGGCCGGAGCGUGGACACCCAGCAUGUGGGCACAGCCUAUGAGGAGGACGCUGCUCAGGUCACAGUCAGCCAGGCACAGGGGCCCUGGAGCCCACACAAUCACACAGCCACAUAGCCACACCCACAGGGUGACACACGCCGGGCGAUGUGACAUCAUCCGGAACCCUCAAUCUCACCAACCCGGGAACCCCCACAUGCAGCCCUGGGCCCCACGGUGGAUGGGGCCCGUCUGAUCUCUUCAACCUUACACAGACCUGCACCCACAGCAGGCGCACACCUGGCCCCACGUGCGCACUCAGCAGACACCUGGGGAGGCGGGGAGGCGGGGAGGGGGCCCAGUGGUCGCUGUGCCUGAGGCCCCGGCCCCUCCGCCCGUCCCCCCCCACCCCCCAGCAGCAUCUUCCCCGGGGCCGGGCGAUUAUUAGGAAGGGAACGUGGUGUCACUGCCUUCCGGCCAUUGCACCACAGGCCCCUUCCGACCACGUGGCUGCUGGUGAGUGGGGGGAGGAGGGCGAGCGGUCACUGUGCCUGCCACCCCCCUCCCCAAACAUUCCCACAGGCUCCCAGCCUGGCAGCCAGGCUCCCUCCCCUGUGGGCCUGGCAGACAGGGGUGGCCACCUAUGGAGAGAGGAGGAAGGCUCAAGGUUGGGGGACAGGCUGGCCCUGUGUGACUUGGGCAGCCCUUCUUCAGCACCUUGGUUUUCCCGUCAGUAAAAUGGGUCGGUCACAGGGGGCCCAGGGCCCUGGGGCAAUCCCGUCCCUUAGCCUGGAGGCCUUGCCAAGAGCAAUCCCACCUGGUCCACCCCUGUCGGCUCCAGGCCCCACUGCCUCCUCUCCAUGGCCUCCUUGGUGGAUUGCAGCCCCUGUUUCAGGUGCUGGGCAGGUGCGGUGGCCCCAGCAGGUGCGCCCAUGCCCCCUCCGCGGCACAGAGCCGGGAGGAUGGGCUGCACCCUCUGAGCGCCCUCCCCCACCCCUGAAAGCUGGCCCCCGCAUGGCUUUCUCGCCAAGUCAGGUGACACCCCCUCUUUCUGCCCCAGGUCUGAUCCUCAGGCUCCUGUUCCUGAACCCAGUGUUCAUGGGUGCCUGCCCGGGCGAUGGCCAAAAGCUCCUCGAGCAGCUGUGGAACCAGGCGAACCUCCUGCAGGACACCAGCUUGCUCCUGGACCCCUAUGUCCACAUCCAAGGCCUUGACAUGUCUGGACUGAAACAGGGCUGCCAGGAGCGCCCCGGGGUCUUCCCCAGCAAGCAGGCCCUGGAGGGGCUCAGCAGGAAGGACUUCCUGCGGACACUCAACACCCAGCUGGGCCAGGUGCUGCGCAGGCUGCACGCGUUCCAGCGGGACAUGCCCAACGUCCAGGCCUGGGGGAUGGCCAUCAGGUACAUCCACGGGAUCAGGAACAACAUCCACUGCAUGGGGGAGCUGCUCCCGGGCUCCCCGGACACGGCUGCACCCCCGCAGGCGGGCCCGGGGCCCUCACCGCCGCCCACCCGCACCCCGGACGCCUUCCAGCUCAAGUUGAAGGGCUGCCGGUUCCUGCGUGGCUUCCACCGCUUCAUGCACUCGGCAAGGCAGGUCUUCCACGAGUGGAGGGAGACCUGGAGUCGGAGGAGCCGGAGACAAAGCCCCCGCCAGGCCCGGCCGAGGGGGGUGCGCAGGGCGCGCGGGAUGCAACCCUCCAGGAGGGGCAGGAGACUCGUGCCCAGGGGGCAGCUGCCCCGGUAGCCCCCCCACCGCCCCCCCAGCAGGGGGAGGACCAGCAGGUGCUCUCAGGAUGGUGCCCGGGUCUCCACACCUGCUUCCCAUCUCUCCCAAGUGCACUUUAAGGGGUGAGAGCCUGGUCGGCUCCUCUACCUCCUCCCGGACUGGGGGACAGGACCUCACCAUUGUGCCCCCCCAGCCCCGACUUCCCCAGUCCCAGUGGGGUGGCUGGGUCAGGCCACGCGGGGCCAACUUUCCAUUGAUUCAGGGGUCUGAUGACACAGGCUGACUCAUGGCCAGACUGACCGCCACCCCCCACUCCGCUGCCCGGAGGUCUGCUGGCCCUUCCCUCUCAUGACUUGCAGAGCCGUGGCCCCCAGACUUCCUCCUUUUAGUGGCGGCUGGUUCCAAGGGGGAGGGGGGUGGUGGUCAGGGCCUGAGCUGGCCUCGGAUGCCUCAUUGCCAGACACCUGGACGUCUGGUGACCUCACUGCAGGCAGCUGUGACCGGGGCGAGUGUCCUGCAGGAAGCCCUGAUGGGCCGGUCCCAGGAAAGGGGCUCAGGGCCCAGCGUGGCCCCUCGGCCACGUGACCUCCCCGGCCCUCGGGUUUUGUCUUUGUGAAUGGAAGGGGGUGGGGGCCGGGGAAAGCUGUGCCUGUCAGCUGCUGGGACUCACUGACACAGGAUGGGUUUCAAGUUCUUUCCAUAAACUGGGGUCCGGGUGCAGACGGACCGGGGUGCAGACUGAGUUCUGUGCAGGGAACCUCCCAGCCAGCGCCCGGCAGCGCCCGGCCUCGGGUUCUGGCUGCCGGCUGCUCCCCCUGGUGGUGGGUCGUGGAAUUUCUCUCAGGCCGAAACCGAUUGUCCUGCGGGUUCUGGGCCAGUUCCUUGAAGGAAUGUGAUUAAUUUAUCGUUGUUUUUUUUUUUUUUUUUUUAUCAGUUUGUAUCUGUUUUUUUUUAAACAUUUUUAUUUAUGAGGCUUAUUUAUGAUGUGUAUUUAAUGUUAAUAUUGUGCCAAUGU